GCCCGGGUCCCGCUCCCGCCGCUGCCGCUGCCGCUGCCGCGCCGGGGGCUGCGGGACAUGCGAGAGGCUGAGGCAGGAGGCGGAACCCAAGCAGCGGCGGCGGCGGCGGGCAAGGCUGCGGCGGGAGGAGCCCCCCAGCAGCGGGAGGACCGGCCUCCAUGCGUCUCUCCCGGUGACUAGGAUGUCGUCGGAGGAGGACCGCAGCGCGGAGCAGCCACGGCCGCCGCCACCCGCCUCGGAGGAGCCCGGUGCCGCGGCCCCGAGCCCCGCAGCCGCAGACAAAAGACCUCGGGGCCGGCCUCGCAAAGAUGGCGCUUCCCCUUUCCAGAGAGCCAGAAAGAAGCCUCGAAGUAGAGGAAAAACUACAGUGGAAGAUGAAGAUAGCAUGGAUGGGUUGGAGACAACAGAAACAGAAAAUAUUGUGGAAACAGCAGAAAUCAAAGAACAUUCUGCAGAAGAGGAUGCCGAAGCAGAAGUGGAUAGCAGCAAGCAGCCAGUCCCUGUUCUUCAGCAGUCGGCAUCUGAGGAAUCUGCAAACUCCCUCAUCUCUGUUGGUGUAGAAGCCAAAAUCAGUGAACAGCUCUGCGCUUUUUGUUACUGUGGGGAAAAAAGUUCCUUAGGACAGGGCGACCUAAAACAGUUCAGAGUAACGCCUGGAUUUACCUUGCCGUGGCGAAGCAGCCCGCCUCCUAACAAGGACUGUGACGGUGGCAGCAGCAGUGGGACCUAUGCACGCGCGCAGAACUCGGCUCCACGGAGACCAAGAGGACAGAGAAAAGAACGAGCUCUUCAGCAGAAUAUGGUGUCUUAUGUAAGUGUCAGCACCCAGACAGUCACUGAGGACCAAGCUGGCAGGCUGUGGGACGAGCUCAGUCUGGUUGGCCUUCCAGAUGCCAUUGAUGUCCAAGCCUUAUUUGAUGCUGCAGGCACGUGCUGGGCUCAUCACCGUUGUGUCGAGUGGUCGCUGGGCGUGUGCCAGGUAGAAGAACCAUUAUUAGUGAACGUGGAUAAAGCUGUUGUCUCAGGGAGCACAGAGCGAUGUGCAUUUUGUAAGCACCUUGGAGCCACUAUCAAAUGCUGUGAAGAGAAGUGUACCCAGAUGUACCAUUACCCUUGUGCUGCAGGAGCUGGCACUUUUCAGGACUUCAGUCACUUCUUCCUUCUUUGUCCAGAGCACAUUGACCAAGCUCCUGAACGAUCAAAGGAAGAUGCAAACUGUGCAGUGUGCGACAGCCCGGGAGACCUCUUAGAUCAGUUCUUUUGUACUACUUGUGGCCAGCACUAUCAUGGAAUGUGCCUGGACAUAGCGGUCACUCCAUUAAAACGUGCAGGUUGGCAGUGUCCUGAGUGCAAAGUGUGCCAGAACUGCAAACAAUCGGGAGAAGAUAGCAAGAUGCUAGUGUGUGAUACGUGUGACAAAGGGUAUCAUACUUUUUGUCUUCAACCAGUUAUGAAAUCAGUACCAACCAAUGGCUGGAAAUGCAAAAAUUGCAGAAUAUGUGUAGAGUGUGGCACACGAUCUAGUUCUCAGUGGCAUCACAAUUGCCUCAUAUGUGACGCUUGUUACCAACAGCAGGAUAACUUAUGUCCUUUCUGUGGAAAAUGCUACCAUCCAGAAUUGCAGAAAGACAUGCUCCAUUGUAAUAUGUGCAAGAGAUGGGUUCACUUAGAAUGUGACAAACCAACAGAUCAUGAACUGGAUUCUCAGCUCAAGGAAGAGUAUAUUUGCAUGUACUGUAAACACUUAGGAGCUGAGAUGGAGCCAUUACAGCCAGGUGAUGAAGUGGAGAUGGCUGAACUCACUACAGAUUAUAAUGAAAUGGAAGUUGAAGGAUCUGAGGAGCAAAUGGUGUUUUUGGAGCAAGGAGAUAAUAAAGGUGUCAGUGAUCAGGAGUCCACACCUGGCAUUGUUCCGGAUGUUCAAGUUGUCCACACCGAAGAGCAGCCAAAGAGUAACCCACCGGCAAGUGUUGACCCAGAUGGCGUUCUCAUUUCUGAAACUUCCCCCAAUAAAAUGAAUUCUGAAUUGGAAAACGAGAUUUCUUGUGGACCUGCUAGUGAAAAAAUGGAACUGUCUUCUAAAAUGAGACAUGUUCAUGAUGAAGAUUCAAAAGAAGACAAAAUGGAAGUGAUAGAAAAUAUUAAAGUCCUUGUGCACCAAACUGCUGGGCAGCAAGAGCUGCAGUCGUCAGGUGAGCCUCACAGAGUGCCAUGCAAAGAAGAACCACCGCGUCCAGCGUCGCCCGUUGAAUCUGUCGCUGUUCCACCAUCAGCCUUCGUGCCUACAAGAGAAGAAAGCACUUCAUGUUCUAAGGAACAGGUGGUUACAGAAAGAGUAGAAGCAAUAGAGCUGAAAGCAAAAUCUGAAUUUUCAUCUGGGCUCCUGGAUUUUGAAAUGACCUCUGCAGUUGAGCAUUGUGUGAAAGAUGGUUUAUGCCUAGGCGAUAAGUCUGCAAAGUUACCAUCUGAGGCAGAGUCAUCAUUUCCGCCAUCAGCAGACAUGGGCAAGACUAAUGUGUCUUCCUCUCCGACACUUUCUUCAGACCUGCCUUCGCACGACAUGCUGCAUAGUUACUCUUCAGCUCUCAGUUCUUCAGGCAACAUUAUGCCAACAACUUACAUCUCUGUCACGCCAAAAAUUGGCAUGGGCAAACCAGCAAUUACCAAAAGAAAGUUUUCUCCUGGCAGACCACGAUCCAAACAGGGGGCUUGGAGUACCCAUAAUACAGUGAGCCCACCUUCCUGGUCCCCAGACAUUUCAGAAGGUCGGGAAAUUUUUAAACCCAGGCAGCUUCCUGGCAGUGCCAUUUGGAGCAUCAAAGUGGGCCGUGGUUCCGGAUUUCCGGGAAAGCGAAGACCUCGAGGUGCAGGGCUAUCAGGACGAGGUGGCAGAGGCAGGUCCAAACUAAAAAGUGGAAUUGGAGCUGUCAUGUUACCUGGGGUGUCUGCUGCAGAUAAUUCUUCAAAUAAGGAUGAGGAAGAAAACUCUAUGCACAAUACAGUUGUAUUGUUUUCUAGUAAUGACAAGUUCACUCUGCAGCAGGAUAUGUGUGUGGUCUGUGGCAGUUUUGGCCAAGGAGCCGAAGGAAGGUUACUUGCCUGCUCUCAGUGUGGUCAGUGUUACCACCCGUACUGUGUCAGUGUUAAGAUCACUAAAGUGGUUCUUAGCAAAGGCUGGAGAUGUCUGGAGUGCACAGUGUGUGAAGCCUGUGGGAAGGCCACCGACCCAGGGAGGCUCCUGCUGUGUGACGACUGUGACAUAAGUUACCACACAUACUGCCUGGACCCGCCGCUGCAGACCGUUCCUAAAGGAGGCUGGAAGUGCAAAUGGUGUGUCUGGUGCAGACACUGUGGAGCAACAUCUGCAGGUCUGAGGUGUGAAUGGCAGAACAACUACACACAGUGUGCUCCUUGUGCCAGCCUGUCGUCCUGCCCGGUCUGUUGUCGCAACUACAGAGAAGACGAUCUGAUUCUGCAGUGUAGACAGUGUGACAGAUGGAUGCAUGCAGUUUGUCAAAACUUCAAUACAGAGGAGGAAGUGGAAAAUGUGGCAGACAUUGGUUUUGAUUGUAGCAUGUGCAGACCCUAUAUGCCUGCAUCAAACGUGCCUUCCUCAGACUGCUGUGAAUCUUCACUUGUUGCACAAAUCGUCACAAAAGUAAAAGAGCUAGAUCCACCUAAGACCUACACCCAGGACGGUGUUUGUCUGACUGAAUCAGGGAUGACUCAGCUACAGAGUCUCACAGUUACUGUUCCAAGAAGAAAACGAUCAAAACCAAAAUUGAAAUUGAAGAUUAUAAAUCAGAACAGCGUGGCUGUCCUUCAGACCCCUCCAGACAUCCAGUCAGAGCACUCACGGGAUGGUGAAAUGGAUGAUAGUCGAGAAGCAGAACUUAUGGAUUGUGACGGAAAAUCAGAAUCUAGUCCUGAGCGUGAGGCUGUUGAUGAUGAAUCUAAGGCAAUAGAAGGAACAGAUGUUGUCAAAAAGAGAAAAAGGAAGCCAUACAGGCCAGGUAUUGGUGGAUUUAUGGUACGACAAAGAAGUCGGACAGGGCAAGGAAAAACCAAGAGAUCUGUGAUCAGAAAAGAUUCCUCAGGCUCUAUUACUGAGCACUUGCCUAGCAGAGGUGAUGGCUGGAGUGAGCAGUUACCAGAUACUCUGGUUGAUGAAUCUGUUUCUGUUGCUGAAAGCACUGAAAAAAUUAAAAAAAGAUACCGAAAAAGGAAAAACAAACUUGAAGAAACAUUCCCUGCUUAUUUACAAGAAGCUUUCUUUGGAAAAGAUCUUCUAGAUACAAGUAGACAAAACAAGCUGAAUUUAGAUAAUCUAUCAGAAGAUGCAGCUCUGCUUUCAUAUAAAACAAACACAAACACAGGUUUCUUGGAUCCUUCCUUAGAUCCACUCCUUAGUUGUUCCUCAACUCCAGCAAAACCUGGAACUCAGGGUACUGCUGAUGACCCGUUAGCUGAUAUUUCUGAAGUCUUGAACACAGAUGAUGACAUUCUCGGGAUAAUCUCUGAUGACCUAGCGAAAUCAGGUGAUCAUCCAGGUCUUGAUUUAUGCACUUUCCAGGUUGAACACUCACCUUUUCCAUUUGAUAUCGGUCCCACCACUGAUGACCCUCCCUCUCUGCCUCAAGCAGGUGUCAGUCAGGCUGCGCGGCCACUGACAGAGGAGCAGCUUGAUGGGAUCCUUAGUCCCGAGCUGGACAGAAUGGUCACCGACGGAGCAAUUCUUGGCAAGUUAUAUAAAAUCCCAGAACUUGGAGGAAAGGAUGUUGAAGACUUGUUCACUGCUGUCCUAAGUCCUGUGAACACGCAGCCAGCUCCAUUACCACAGCCACCCCCUCCACCACAGCUGUUAGCAAUACACAAUCCGGAUGUUUUUUCACGAAUGCCGCUCAUGAAUGGCCUUAUUGGACCCAGUUCUCAUCUGCCACAUAAUUCUUUGCCUCCUGGAAGUGGAUUGGGAACAUUCUCCUCCAUAGCACAACCCCACUAUUCUGAUGCUAGGGAUAAAAACCCAACAUUUAAUCCAAUAACAAGUGAUCCUAGCAGCUCCUGGACAACAUCAGCCCCUACUGUAGAAGGAGAAAAUGAUACAAUGUCGAACACCCAAAGGAGCACGCUGAAGUGGGAGAAAGAAGAGGCUCUGGGUGAAAUGGCAACUGUAGCACCUGUUCUUUACACAAAUAUUAAUUUCCCCAAUUUAAAGGAUGAAUUUCCUGACUGGACUACUCGAGUGAAACAAAUUGCAAAGUUGUGGAGAAAAGCCAGCUCUCAGGAAAGAGCGCCAUAUGUGCAAAAAGCCAGAGAUAACAGAGCUGCUUUGCGCAUUAAUAAAGUGCAGAUGUCGAAUGAUUCCAUGAAAAGGCAACAGCAGCAAGACAGUGCUGAUCCCGGCUCUCGCGCUGAUGCAGAUCUUUUUAAAGAUCCACUAAAGCAAAGAGAGUCAGAACAUGAACAAGAGUGGAAAUUCAGACAGCAAAUGCGUCAGAAAAGCAAGCAGCAAGCUAAGAUCGAAGCUACACAAAAGCUAGAACAGGUGAAAAAUGAGCAGCAGCAGCAGCAGCAGCAGCAGCAGCAGCAGCACCAGCACCAGCACCAGCACCAGCAGCAGCACCACCACCACCACCAGCAGCACCAACAGCAGCAGCACCAACAGCAGCAGCUUGGUGCUCAGCACCUUCUUGUGCCGUCUGGUUCAGAUACUCCAAGUAGUGGGGUCCAGAGUCCCUUGACACCCCAGCCUGGCAAUGGAAAUCUGUCCCCUGCUCAGACAUUUCAUAAAGACCUGUUCUCUAAGCAGCUGUCCAGUACCCCUGCUCCCACGCCUUCAGAUGAUGUGUUUGUGAAGCCACAGGCUCCACCACCACCUCCUACCCCGACCAGAGUUCCCAUUCACGAUGGCCUAUCUCAGUCUCAGAUGUCUCAACCACAUUCCCCACAGAUGUUUUCACCUGGCUCUUCUAGUUCCCGACCUCCAUCUCCAGUUGAUCCUUACACAAAAAUGGUUGGUACUCCCAGACCGCCUCCUGGAGGCCAUAGUUUUUCUAGGAGAAAUUCUGUUGCUCCAGUGGAAAACUGUGUGCCUUUAUCAUCAGUGGUGAGGCCCAUUCAGAUUAACGAGGCACCACCCAACAGGCCAUCGCCAGUCGGAGACUUGUGUUCUUCCUCUGUGACAAAUAAUGACCCCUAUGCAAAGCCUCCAGACACACCUAGGCCUGUGAUGACAGAUCAGUUUCCCAAACCUUUGGGUGUGCCCCGCUCUCCUCUGGUUUCAGAACAAACUGGGAAAGGUCCUCUAGCAGCUGGAACCAGUGAUCAUUUUACUAAACCAUCUCCUAGGGGAGAUACUUUUCAAAGACAGCGGGUGCCUGAACCAUAUGCACGGCCCUUGUUGACAUCGGCCCCUGCCGAUAGUGGCGCUGGACCUUUUAAGACCCCUUUGCACCCUGCACCAUCCUCUCAGGAUCCUUAUGGAUCAAUGUCACAGGCAUCAAGACGAUUGUCUGUUGACACUUAUGAAAGGCCUUCCUUGACACCAAGACCUGUGGAUAAUUUUCCUCAUAGUCAGGCAAAUGACCCAUAUAGUCAGCCUCCCCAUAUCCAACACGCAACAAUGAAUGAAUCUUUUGCCCAUUCUUCAAGGGCUUUUUCUCAGCCUGGAACCAUGUCAAGAUCAGCACCUCAGGACCCAUAUUCCCAGCCUCCAGGAACACCACGACCUGUGGUAGAGUCUUAUUCCCAGCCCUCAGGAACAACUCGAUCCAAUCCAGACCCAUAUUCCCAACCUCCUGGAACUCCCCGGCCUACCAGUAUUGAUCCAUAUAGUCAGCAGCCGCCAACCCCCAGGCCUUCUACACAGACAGACAUGUUUUCUACAUCUGCAGCUAAUCAGAGGCACUCUGAUCCAUAUUCUCAUCCUCCUGGGACUCCAAGACCUGGGAUUUCUACUUCCUAUUCUCAACCAUCAGCAACACCAAGGCCAAGAACUUCAGAAGGUUUUACUAGAUCGUCAGUUGCAAGACCAGCCCUCGUGCCAAACCACGAUUCGUUCUUGCAAGCAGUACAACUCCGAGCACCUAGUGGCUCUUUGGUGAGGCCGCCUGAUAUGUGCUCCCAGAUCCCUAGGCCACCAGACACAUUCAGCCGUGUGUCCCCCUCUGCUGCUCGUGAUCCCUAUGAUCAGCCUCCAGUGACUCCAAGAUCUCACUCUGAUUCUUUUGGAAGCAGUCAAGUUGCUCGUGACGUUCCUGACCAGCCAGGACCUGGUCCAGAGGGGGGCUUCAACACCUCUGCGAACUCUCCCAUGAGUUCCCAAGGCCCCCAGUUCUCCAGUAUUGCCCAGGUUCCUGGGCCUGUGCCAACUUCAGGAGGAACUGACACUCAGAACACUGUGAAUAUGUCUCAAGCAGAUACAGAGAAAUUGAGACAGCGACAGAAGCUACGAGAAAUCAUUCUCCAGCAACAGCAGCAGAAGAAGAUUGCUAAUCGACAGGAAAAGGGGCCUCCGGAUACACCAGCAGUGCCUCACCCAGUGCCCCUUCCACACUGGCAGCCGGAGAGCAUCAGCCAGGCCUUUGGUCGACCUCCACCGCCCUACCCUGGCAACAUCCGAUCCCCCGUGGUCCCUCCUCUUGGACCUAGAUACACUAUCUUUCCCAAAGAUCAGCGUGGUCCGUGUCCUCCUGAUGUUGCUAGUAUGGGGAUGAGACCUCACGGGUUCAGAUUUGGAUUUCCAGGAAGUAGUCAUGGUACCAUGUCAGGUCAGGAUCGCUUCCUUGUGCCUCCUCAGCAAAUACAAGGAUCUGGAAUUCCUCCACACCUUAGAAGAUCUGUAGAAAUGCCGAGACCUUUAAAUAGCUCACAGAUGAAUAAUCCAGUUGGACUUUCUCAGCACUUUCCACCACAAAACCUGCCAGUGCAGCAGCAUAACAUACUGGGCCAAGCAUUUAUUGAACUGAGGCACAGGGCCCCAGAUGGAAGGCCACGGCUGCCCUUCCCUACAACUCCUGGCAGUGUUAUAGAGGCAGCUUCUCAUCCAAGACACGGAAACUUUGUUCCACGGGCAGACUUUCCAGGACCGAGGCAUACAGACCCCAUGAGACGGCCUCCCCAGGGUUUACCUAGUCAGCUCCAUAUUCAUCCAAAUUUGGAACAAGUACCACCAUCUCAGCAAGAGCAAGGGCAUCCUCUCCACACAUCUUCUGUGGUCACAAGGCACAUGAGUCAUUCCUUAGGUGGUGCGUUUUCUGAGGGUGCUUUGUCAGCAUCUGCAUCAGCAGAAGCAGCGUCUGAUAGUUUGCAGAUAACCAGCCAGUCUUCUGAUGGUCUAGAAGAAAAACUUGAUUCCGAUGACCCUUCUGUGAAAGAACUGGAUGUUAAAGACCUUGAAGGAGUUGAAGUCAAAGACUUGGAUGAUGAAGAUCUUGAAAAUUUAAAUUUAGACACGGAGGAUGGCAAGGGAGAUGAGUUGGAUACUUUAGAUAAUUUGGAAACCAAUGAUCCUAACCUGGACGACCUCUUAAGGUCAGGGGAAUUUGAUAUCAUUGCAUAUACAGAUCCAGAACUUGACCUGGGAGAUAAGAAAAGCAUGUUUAAUGAGGAACUAGACCUUAAUGUUCCAAUUGAUGAUAAGUUAGAUAAUCAGUGUGUAUCUGUUGAACCCCCCAAAAAAGACCAAGAAGAAAAAACUGUGGUUCUCUCUGAGAACCAUUUGUCACAGAAAAAAUCCACUGUUAUCAAUGAGAUAAAAACAGAAGUCCUGUCUCCAAAUUCUAGAGAGGAAGCCAAAUGUGAAACUGAGAAAAGUGAUGAGAGUGUAGAUAGUGUUGACCCUCCCUGCUCUCAGGCUUCUGCUUACACAGAACUCAGUGACGGGGAGAAGGCUUCUUUGCCACCAUCUGAUGCAGACCUACUUGAGAAAAGAGCUAAUAGAGAAACUGCUGGCCCUAGUGCAAGUGUCAUUCAAGGGUCUGCUCCACUGCCUGCUCAAGAUGUAAUGAACUCUUGUGACAUAACUGGGUCAACUCCAGUCCUCUCAAGUUUACUUGCCAGUGAAAAAUCCGACAGUUCCCACAAGAAGCCCUUGGAGUCUUCCCCAUCAACUCUGCCAGCCUCACCAUCCAGCCGUUUAUCGAGUUUGCCUGCUACUUUAAUGGCACCACCUGGCUCUGUUUUGGAAAAUGCUGUGAAUUCUAAUGUCACAGUGGUCCCUAGAGUAAACCAUACUUUUUCUCAGGGUGUGCAGGUAAAUCCAGGAUUCAUUCAGGGACAGUCAGCAGUGAACCACAAUUUGGGGACCGGAAAACCUACAAAUCAAAAUGUCCCUCUCACAAGUCAGUCUGGUACCAGUGGCCUGUCUGGACCCCAACAGCUGAUGAUCCCUUCUCAAACAUUAGCACAGCAGAAUAGAGAACGGCCCCUCCUCCUAGAAGAGCAGCCACUGCUGCUACAAGAUCUUUUGGAUCAAGAAAGGCAAGAACAGCAGCAACAAAGACAGAUGCAAGCCAUGAUUCGUCAGCGAUCAGAGCCUUUCUUCCCCAAUAUUGAUUUUGAUGCAAUUACAGAUCCCAUAAUGAAAGCCAAAAUGGUGGCCCUUAAAGGCAUAAAUAAAGUGAUGGCACAAAACAAUCUGGGCAUGCCACCAAUGGUGAUGAGCAGAUUCCCCUUCAUGGGCCCGGUGGUGGCUGGAGCACAGAACAGUGAAGGCCAGACACUCGUGCCACAGGCCAUCGCUCAGGAUGGCAGUAUAACACAUCAGAUUUCUAGGCCUAAUCCUCCAAAUUUUGGUCCAGGCUUUGUCAAUGACUCACAGCGCAAGCAAUACGAAGAAUGGCUUCAGGAGACCCAGCAGCUCCUUCAGAUGCAGCAGAAGUAUCUUGAAGAACAGAUUGGCGCACACAGAAAAUCCAAGAAGGCCCUUUCAGCUAAACAGCGCACUGCCAAAAAGGCAGGGCGAGAAUUCCCAGAAGAAGAUGCAGAACAGCUUAAACACGUGACUGAGCAGCAGAGCAUGGUUCAGAAACAGCUAGAACAGAUUCGUAAACAACAGAAAGAACAUGCUGAGUUGAUUGAAGAUUAUCGGAUCAAGCAGCAGCAGCAGCAGCAGCGUGCAGUGGCCCCACCUCUCCUAGUGCCUGGUGUCCAGCCCCAGACGCCCCUCGUUCCAGGAGCCGCCCCCCCCGCCAUGAGCCAGCCCAGCUUUCCCAUGGGCCCCCAGCAGCUGCAGCAGCAGCAGCGCCCAGCAGUCAUCUCUGGCCACACCAGCCCUGCUAGAAUACCUGGCCUACCUGGAUGGCAGUCUGCCAGUGCCCCUGCUCACCUCCCCCUCAAUCCUCCCAGGAUGCAGCCCCCAGUUGCCCAGUUACCUGUAAAAGCUUGCACACCAGCCCCUGGCACAGUGUCAAAUGCAAACCCACAGAGUGGCCCACCACCACGUGUAGAAUUUGAUGAUAACAACCCCUUUAGUGAAAGUUUCCAGGAACGGGAACGGAAGGAACGUUUACGAGAACAGCAGGAAAGACAGCGCAUCCAGCUGAUGCACGAAGUAGACAGACAGCGGGCUCUGCAGCAGAGGAUGGAACUGGAGCAGCAUGGCCUGGUGGGCUCAGAGCUGGGUGGCAGGACUGCUGCAUCUCAGAUUCCGUUCUAUGGGUCUGAUCGGCCUUGUGAUUUCAUGCAGCCUCCACCACCUCUUCAGCAGUCUCCACAGCACCAACAGCAGCAGAUGGCCCAUGUUCUACAGCAGCAAAAUGUACAACAAGGAUCUGUUAAUUCAACCCCCACCCAAACUUUCAUGCAAACGAAUGAUCGGAGGCAAGGAGGACUUACCUCUUUUGUUCCCGAUUCACCAUCUGUCCCUGGAGGAAGUCCAAAUUUCCAUUCUACUAAACAGCCACAUGGAAAUCUUUCUGGGACAGGUUUCCAGCAGUCUCCUGUGAGACCUCCUUAUACACCCGCUUUACCUGCAACACCACCAGUAGCUAACGGCAGUCUCCCGUGUGGCCAGGACCCUACAUUAGCCCUUGGACAAAGUUAUGGAUCAGCCCAGUCUCUCAUUCAGUUAUAUUCUGAUAUCAUCCCAGAAGAGAAAGGGAAAAAGAAAAGAACAAGAAAAAAGAAAAAAGAGGAUGAUGUGGAAUCCACCAAAGCACCGUCAACUCCCCACUCAGAUAGCACUGCUCCCCCUACUCCAAGCAUCUCAGAAACUACCUCCACUCCUUCUGUGAGCACGCCCAGCGAACCUCCUCUGCAGGCGGCAGCGGAGUCUGCGGAGCCAGCUGCCCAGCCAUGCACGAGCUUAGAGAACACACUUCCCAGUGGUGAGUUAUCCGAAGGAACUCCAAAGCAGCAGGCUGGUGCAAAUUCAGAGACAGAAAACCUUCCCAUGGAAACCCCUUCCAAAAGUGAAGAGCUAAAACUGGAAAAUGCUGUGACAGAACCAGCCCAGGGUCAAGAGGAAACUAAAUUAGAGGAGCAGACUGGCACUAAGGUGGAAGACAGAUCUGAGGCUGGCUCUGUCCCCUCAGUUCAGAGUCCGCCCCAUUCUGUUGGGGCCCCUGUCACCAAAGCAGAUUCAGGGAAUGAACUUUUGAAACACUUGUUGAAAAAUAAGAAGUCCUCUUCCCUUUUAAAUCAAAGACCUGAGGGCAGUUUCUGUUCAGAAGACACCUGCACAAAGGAUAAUAAAAUAGCUGAGAAGCAGAAUGCAGCAGAAGGACUGCAAACUUUGGGGGUUCAAAUACAAGGUGGUUUUGGAUGUGGCAGCAACCAGCCAAAAAUGGAUGGAGGAAGUGAAACCAAGAAACAGCGAAACAAACGGACUCAAAGAACGGGGGAGAAAGCAGCACCUCGCUCAAAGAAAAGGAAAAAGGAUGAAGAAGAGAAACAGCUGCUGUAUCCAAACUCUGACUCCUUCACCCACCUGAAACAGCAGCUCUCUCUGCUCCCUCUAAUGGAACCAAUCAUUGGAGUGAACUUUGCGCACUUUCUUCCUUAUGGCAGUGGCCAAUUUAAUAGUGGGAAUCGACUUCUAGGAACUUUUGGCAGUGCUACCCUUGAAGGGGUUUCGGACUACUAUUCUCAGUUGAUCUACAAGCAGAAUAAUUUAAGUAAUCCUCCAACACCCCCUGCCUCUCUUCCUCCUACACCACCUCCUAUGGCUUGUCAGAAGAUGGCAAAUGGUUUUGCAACAGCUGAAGAACUUGCCGGAAAAGCCGGAGUGCUGGUGAGCCAUGAAGUUACCAAGACUUUAGGCCCAAAGCCAUUUCCACUGCCGUUCAGGCCGCAGGACGACUUGCUGGCCAGAUCUAUUGCUCAGGGCCCAAAGACGGUGGACGUCCCAGCAUCACUUCCAACACCGCCUCACAACAACCAGGAAGACUUAAGGGUACAGGAUCAGUGUGGUGACCGGGACACCCCUGACAGCUUUGUCCCCUCGUCUUCUCCUGAGAGUGUGGUUGGGGUGGAAGUGAGCAGGUAUCCAGAUCUGUCAGUGGUCAAAGAGGAGCCUCCGGAGCCAGUGCCAUCGCCUGUCAUCCCCAUUCUUCCGAGCACCACUGGGAAGGGUUCAGAAUCAAGAAGGAAUGACAUCAAAACCGAGCCAAGCACCUUAUUUUUCACGUCACCUUUCGGUUCAUCCCCAAAUGGUCCCAGAUCGGGUCUUAUAUCUGUAGCAAUUACCCUGCAUCCCACCGCUGCUGAGAACAUUAGUAGUGUUGUGGCUGCAUUUUCCGACCUGCUUCAUGUCCGAACGCCUAACAGCUAUGAGGUUAGUAAUGCUCCAGAUGUUCCGUCCGUGGCUUUGGCCAACAGCCACAGAAUAAACCCAGCUUUGGAGUACCGACCGCACUUACAUCUUCGUGGGCCUCCACCAGGAUCUGCACACCCUCCCAGGCUAGCAGGCUCUUACCGGCUGAAGCAGCCUAGUGUUCCAUUUCCUCCGGCAAGCAGUGGCCUCUCUGGAUACAAGGAUUCCAGUCAUGGUGCUGCAGGAAAAAUGGCUCUCAGACCACAGUGGUGCUGUCACUGCAAAGUGGUUAUUUUUGGAAGCGGCGUUCGGAAAUCUUUAAAAGAUCUGGCUCUUCUGAACAAGGAUUCCCGAGAAAACACCAAGAGAAUGGAGAAGGACACUGUCUUUUGCAGUAAUAACUGCUUCAUUCUUUAUUCAACUGCACAAGUGAAAAACCCAGAAAGCAAGGAACCUGUUCCUCCAUUGCCACAGUCGCCUGUGAGAGAGAUGCCUUCCAGGGCAUUUCACCAGUACAGCAACAACAUCUCCACCCUGGAUGUGCACUGCCUCCCCCAGCUCCAGGACAAGGCCUCUCCGCCUCCGUCGCCUCCCAUUGCCUUUCCUCCUGCCUUUGAGGCAGCUCAAGUUGAGGCCAAGCCUGAUGAGCUCAAGGUGACUGUCAAGCUAAAGCCUCGGCUCAGGACUGCCCAUGGCAGCUUUGACGAUUGUAGGCCACUGAACAAAAAGUGGAGAGGAAUGAAGUGGAAGAAGUGGAGCAUUCAUAUUGUGAUCCCCAAGGGGACGUUUAAGCCACCCUGUGAGGAGGAAAUAGAUGAAUUUCUCAAGAAGUUGGGCACUUCUCUUAGGCCUGACCCUGUGCCCAAAGACUACCGCAAGUGUUGCUUUUGCCAUGAAGAAGGAGAUGGGCUCACAGACGGACCAGCAAGGCUGCUCAACCUGGACUUGGAUCUGUGGGUGCACUUGAACUGUGCUCUGUGGUCCACAGAGGUCUACGAGACUCAGGCUGGUGCCUUAAUAAACGUAGAGCUAGCGCUGAGGAGGGGCCUGCAGAUGAAAUGUGUCUUCUGUCAUAAGACGGGUGCCACCAGCGGGUGUCACAGAUUUCGGUGCACCAACAUUUAUCACUUCACUUGCGCCAUUAAAGCACAAUGCAUGUUUUUUAAGGACAAAACUAUGCUUUGCCCCAUGCACAAACCAAAGGGAAUCCACGAGCAGGAAUUAAGUUACUUUGCAGUCUUCAGGAGGGUCUACGUUCAGCGAGACGAGGUGCGCCAGAUCGCCAGCAUCGUGCAGCGCGGCGAGCGGGAGCACACCUUCCGCGUCGGCAGCCUCAUCUUCCACACGCUCGGCCAGCUGCUCCCGCAGCAGAUGCACGCCUUCCACUCGGCCAGGGCGCUCUUCCCUGUGGGCUACGAGGCCAGCCGGCUGUACUGGAGCAUGCGCUAUGCCAACAGGCGCUGCCGCUACCUGUGCUCCAUUGAGGAGAGGGACAGCCGCCCGGUGUUCGUCAUCAGGGUCGUGGAGCAAGGCCACGAAGACCUGGUGUUAAGUGACACAUCGCCCAAAGGUGUGUGGGAGAAGGUCUUGGGGCCUGUGGCGUGUGUGAGGAAGAAGUCGGAGAUGCUCCAGCUCUUCCCCGCCUACCUGAAAGGCGAAGACCUCUUCGGCCUCACCGUCUCUGCAGUGGCACGGAUAGCCGAAUCACUCCCCGGGGUUGAGGCGUGCGAGAGCUACACCUUUCGGUACGGUCGGAAUCCUCUCAUGGAGCUGCCGCUUGCUGUCAACCCCACAGGUUGUGCUCGUUCUGAACCUAAAAUGAGUGCCCAUGUCAAGAGGUUUGUGUUAAGGCCGCACACCUUGAACAGCACCAGCACCUCCAAGUCAUUUCAGAGCACAGUCACGGGAGAGCUGAACGCCCCCUACAGUAAGCAGUUCGUUCACUCCAAGUCGUCGCAGUACCGCAGAAUGAAGACAGAAUGGAAGUCCAACGUGUAUCUGGCCCGGUCUCGGAUCCAGGGCCUGGGCCUGUACGCUGCCCGAGACAUUGAGAAGCACACCAUGGUCAUCGAGUACAUCGGCACCAUCAUUCGGAAUGAGGUUGCCAACAGGAAGGAGAAGCUGUAUGAGUCCCAGAACCGAGGCGUGUACAUGUUCCGCAUGGACAAUGACCACGUCAUCGACGCGACACUCACGGGAGGGCCUGCAAGGUACAUCAACCAUUCUUGCGCACCUAACUGUGUAGC